AGUCUUAUGUCGCUCUUGCAAUUGAGAACCAUGCUGAUUGCAUUCUAUUUCUGCAAGCUUUCUGAACGUCAGUGCAUUCGCGUCCGGCUAAUACGAUCGGCCCUUGCGAGUCUGUGAACCUUUUGAGCUCCGAUACCUUGCAAGGGUCGUGUGCCAAUGGCCACACUGGGCGAUACUCCCUCCGAAAAGUGACAUGAUUGCCAUUCUCAGCAGGAGACCCGCCAGGACCAACCACAGAAUGUAAAGAAAUACAACUUCUUGUCGCACGGUUGCUCCCCGGCGAUGUUUACUUCGGAUGUGAAGAUCGGAAAUAGAGCGGCGACAAGGCGACGAUUCAUUGAUAUCCCAAAAUAUUGCGGAGGGACUUUUUAGGUUGCUGUUCGCGUUCUUCUGUUGUCUUCCUCUCCACGGGGCCCUCACUUUCGUUCAUUCCGUCGUGUUGCUGGCUUUGCUCUGUGCGUAGUACGAAGGUUGGAUCCAAGAUGGCUACACCACAAGCACUAUCAUGGGAUAAUAAACUCGGAGCGCUACUGAUCGGUGGCUUGGCCAGUGGACUACUGUACGGGAUCACUUGCACGCAGACCUAUAUGUACUUCGAAAAGUCAUUCCGAGAUCGACGUUCGUUGAAGCUGUUUGUAGCCGGCCUGUGGAUGUUAGACACAUUCGACUUUGUCUUGAACGGUCACCUGUUGUACCAUUAUCUUGUGACGAAUUAUACAAACCCGGCUGCUCUCGCUGAGAAGCCCGUUUGGAGUUUGCUGGCCCAUGUUCUCAUCACAUCUGUAACAGAUUUCCUCGUCCGCAGCAUGUUUGCUCUACGCGUUUGGCGAUUGAGCAAUCAAAACAUCAUACUCACGACAGGGAUUGUUAUCACGUCGCUACUGGAUCUUGUGGUCGGAAUAAUUGUAUCUGCAGAAGGCUUUUCUUUAGCUUCUAUGGAGGACCUCGGCAAGCUUUCUGAUCUGUUCUACAUCAACUUUGCCGCUGGGGCGGGCUCCGACGUCUUUGUCGCUUUUGUGCUGACCUAUUUCCUGGCCAAGACAAGAACGGGUGGCUCUAAUACGCGUACGGAUUCGAUUGUGGACGUACUGAUUUUGUAUACUAUCAAUACCGGUCUGCUCACUGCCAUCGAUGCUAUGCUGGGUAUGAUGCUGUACAUCGUUAUGCCCAAUAAUUUCAUUUUCAUUGCAUUUUACCUGCAACUGAGUAAACUCUAUGUGAACGCAUACCUCGCCACCCUCAACAACCGCGAGACUCUUCGCUCGAAAGUCAGCGGGGAGUCCUACUACAAUCCAACCAUCCCCACUGGCGGCGCACAUGAAACCCACCAUUCCCUGCCUCUCUCACCCAUAAACGCGCGCACGCCUCAUCAGGGCAAUCCAUUCCGUGAAACGCAUGUCGUGUCCGCAAGGAUAAGGCAAGGAAGCGAUGCGUCGCGAAGCUCUGGGAGGAAGAGCUUUGAACCGAUUGUGUUUACGAGAGAGGGCAGGACGAUGGCAGAUGAUGAGGAUAAGUAUGGUCUGGAUCCUUGA